AUGUCAGAUAUCGAGUGUCAAAUGUCAGAUAUCAAGUAUCAGGUGUCACGUUACAUGUAUCAGCUGUCAAGUGUCAGAUAUCGGGUUUCAGGUACCAGGUGUCAGGUAUCAGAUGUCAGAUAUCGGGUUUCAGGUACAAGUUUCAGGUGUCAGGUGUCAGAUAUCAAGCGCCAGAUGUCAGAUAUCGAGUGUCAGAUGUCAGAUAUCAAGUAUCAGAUGUCACAUUGUAUGUAUCAGGUGUCAAGUGUCAGAUAUCGGGUUUCAGGUACAAGUUUCAGGUGUCAGGUGUCAGAUAUCAAGUAUCAAAUGUCGGAUAUCGAGUGUCAGAUGUCAGAUAUCAAGUAUCAGGUGUCACGUUACAUGUAUCAGGUGUCAAGUGUCAGAUAUCGGGUUUCAGAUACCAGGUGUCAGGUAUCAGAUGUCAGAUAUCGGGUUUCAGGUACAAGUUUCAGGUGUCAGGUGUCAGAUAUCAAUUGUCAAAUGUCAGAUAUCGAGUGUCAGAUGCCGGAUAUCAAGUAUCAGGUGUCACGUUACAUGUAUCAGGUGUCAAGUGCCAGAUAUCGGGUUUCAGAUACCAGGUGUCAGGUGUCAGAUAUCAAGUGUCAGAUGUCAGAUAUCAAGUGCCAGGUGUCAGAUGUCAGGUAUCGGAUGUCAGCUGCCAAGUAUCAGGUUUCAGACACCAGGUGCUAG